GCUGCUUCUUUGUGUAAUAUGCUCUGCAUUUGUCAGCACCACAGUGGAUCAGCGGUGAUGGGUCCUACGUUGGCAGGAAGCCCUCGUGCGCAUGCGCGAUCAGUGCAUCCUGUUGUACUCAAUUUUUUUCCAGGCGAAAAUGGCUGCCUCUCUCAUCUUAACCUCUGUCUAAAGGAUUAAAUGAUUAUAAAAUUGCCAUCAGAAAUUGCAGUCCCGCUUCAAGUCAGUGGACAUGGACACCAGGGCGUAGUUUGAGCGGCGCCAUCACGAAGAUGUUGCAGCUGUCAGAGAAGAAAAAUGUAUGCGAUACGAAAUUAACCCUUUCCAGUCCAACAUCCACCAACAAAUGAGAAAAUGAUGCAUCAAGUGACCAGCAGCAGCAGUGACUACUGUAUGAGUGGACUGGCAGAGGACUGUCAUCCAGCCAGCCACUUUGAUCUGUGCAGCACACAAUCCAACAAAUUCUACCCCACACCUACAAACCCUGCUUUGCAGCUUUCCCUCGCCGGCCUGGGCCCUUUGCCACAGAGCAUGCACAAAGUCAUGACAUGUCAAAUGCAAGAGACCCAGAAUGACUUUCAGCCUCAGACAGUUAAAAUCAGGGGCGGUGAGGCUCCAGGGGCGGAUGGAUCUAAGAAAAAGAAAGGCAUCGUGAAGUCUGGGAGGAGAGGGAGGCCAUCAGGGACCACAAAGUCAGCUGGUUAUCGUACAAGUACUGGACGUCCACUUGGGACCACAAGAGCAGCUGGUUUUAAAACCAGUCCAGGGAGGCCCCUUGGUACCACCAAAGCAGCCGGGUACAAGGUCAGCCCCGGCAGGCCCCCCGGCAGCAUCAAGAGUCUAGCUCGGCUCAAGAAGCUGGAUUUUGGUUGUGACGGCCACAAGAAACUAGACUUUAGUAACUGCAGCGGUUCCAAGAAACUGGACUUCACUAGCUGUGAUGUUCCACCUUUUCCCUACACCAUGAUGGAGAAAACAGACCUCUGUGAGCCCGAUGGAAAAGCAGAUGAAACCGGCGAAUAGCUUUGCAGCUUUUUUCCGCAGUGCUUGAAAAACAUUUGAGUGCAUGAACAAGAGGAUGCUGAGUAAAAGAUUUCUCUCAAACGUGGGAAGAAAGAACUACUUGUUAUUUAGAAAUGGCUCCAAGUUAUACUGUACAGUGUUUGACAUUCUCCCAUAAUAAAUGAUGGAAAUGACUCCUAUGUAGAAGUACGUUAAUCCUGUUUCGCAGAGAUGCAUGCAUAUGAAUUAACCACACCAAUCAGCCAAGCGUAUUGAUCAGUUUGUGGUUCAAACCUCACAGAGGAGUGGAUCUUUUUUCCCCUCAGUCGUUUGUUUCUGAGAUGUGACACGUUCUCUAACCCUGCUUUAACAUUUCUAUGACCAGGUUCUUGUGAUAUUUUCUACAUUUAUAAAAGUUGCAUUUUAGUAUAAAUAGCCUGUCACAUCAGCUAUUCCUGAGCAUAUGUGAAUGUGUAGUUGUCUUUUUCUGUGUCGUCCAGUGCUAUGUGUUUCAUUUUUAAAAAAACUAUUAUCCUGCAUCAUACCUUAAAACCUUAAAUGGGAGCACUGUGUUACACUUUUGAUCCGCUUGAACUGGUAAACUCAAUGCACAAUCUCCUUUUGAACACAGUAUUUGUUAUUUCUGCACUUUGUGAAUGCAGUUUUGAUCAUGUAUUGUAACAGCCUCUUUUUGUCCUCAAACUCACUUGUAUGUUGUGCUGUUCAUUAGAAGACGAGAAGACAGAAAAAUGCUUUGUUGACUGUAAUAGACGCUAUGUGCCGUAUG